AUGGUUAACCAUAGCUUGUGCUACAGGCUUCCUCCCGUUAGAGCAUGUCUUUUUGACAUGGACGGCCUCCUUAUCGACUCUGAAGACAUCUACACGUUUGUGAUAAACCAGAUAUUGCGUGAAUAUGGGAAACCCAACCUGCCUUGGUCUAUAAAGGCGCAGCUGCAAGGCCGUCCCCAACCACAGUCCGGCCAAGUAUUUCAAAGAUGGGCCCAGUUGCCCAUCUCUCAGGAAGAACUACAGCAGAAGAUUGCGGCCUUGCAACGGCCACAGUUCCCAAAUACACAGCCGCUUCCCGGUGUAAUGAAGCUCAUUAGCAACUUGUCCCGCGCUGCAUCGAAUUCUCCGCCCGUACACAUCGCGCUAGCAACCUCUUCUACAACAACAAACUUCAAGCUCAAAACGUCACACCUGCCAGACCUCUUUUCUCAGUUCCCCCGGUCCAGAAUAAUCGUGGGGGACGAUCCCAGAAUAGCACCAGGACGAGGGAAGCCGCUUCCCGAUAUCUAUUUACUGGCUCUUGAUAUCAUCAAUAAGGAAAUCCAGGCGAAGGGCGAGCCUCCGAUCACCCCUGCAGAGUGUCUCGUUUUCGAGGACUCGGUUCCAGGCGUGGAGGCCGGCCGCAGAGCUGGCAUGAGAGUCAUCUGGUGUCCAUAUGAUGGGUUGCUUGAGGUGUAUAAAGAUCAAGUAGCAGAAGUUCUCGCUGGCCUAACGGGAGCACACAAGGACCCCGAGCAGAACGGACACGGUAGCUCUGCCAUCCUCAGCUCAGGCAAGCCCGGUAGCCUGAACGACGGCUGGGGGCAACUGGUACGCACCUUAGAAAACUUCCCACCAGACCGGCCAGCCGAUACCGAGUACCCUAAAGAAUAG